AGUGACAGUACGGGGGAGUGGGAAGAUGGCGGCGUCGCGUCGCUCUCAGCAUCAUCACCACCAUCAUCAGCAACAGCUCCAGCCCGCCCCAGGGGCUUCGGCUCCGCCACCGCCACCUCCCCCGCCGCUCAGCCCGGGCUUGGCCCCGGGACCCACCCCUGCCUCGCCUACGGCCGGCGGCCUGGCGCCCUUCGCCUCCCCGCGGCACGGCCUGGCGCUGCCGGAGGGGGAUGGCAGCCGGGACCCGCCCGACAGGCCGCGAUCUCCCGACCCGGUGGACGGCGCCGUCUGCACCGUGGCUGCUCCGGCCGCGGUCCCGGCAGCUUCCGCCGCCGUCGGGGUCGCUCCCACCCCAGCCGGCGGCGGCGGCGGCGGCGGGAACAACUCCGCGUCGUCCGCUUCUUCCCCGACUUCGUCUUCGUCUUCCUCCCCGUCCUCCCCUGGCUCGAGCUUAGCGGAGAGUCCCGAGGCGGCCGGAGUUGGCUCCACGGCAACUUUGGGAGCCGGGGCGGCGGGCCUCGGCCCGGGGGUCCCAGCCGUGAGUGGGGCCCUGCGGGAGCUGCUCGAGGCCUGUCGGAAUGGGGACGUGUCCCGGGUGAAGAGGUUGGUGGACGCCGCGAACGUGAAUGCCAAGGACAUGGCCGGCCGAAAGUCUUCUCCCCUGCACUUCGCAGCAGGUUUUGGAAGGAAGGAUGUUGUAGAACACUUGCUGCAGAUGGGUGCUAAUGUCCACGCCCGUGAUGACGGGGGUCUCAUCCCACUUCAUAAUGCCUGCUCUUUCGGCCAUGCUGAGGUUGUGAGUCUGUUACUGUGUCAAGGAGCAGAUCCGAAUGCCAGAGAUAACUGGAACUAUACACCACUGCAUGAAGCUGCCAUUAAAGGGAAAAUUGAUGUCUGUAUUGUGCUGCUGCAGCACGGAGCCGAUCCAAACAUCCGGAACACCGAUGGGAAAUCAGCUCUGGACCUGGCAGAUCCUUCAGCAAAAGCUGUCCUCACAGGUGAAUACAAAAAAGACGAACUCCUAGAAGCUGCUAGGAGUGGUAAUGAAGAAAAACUAAUGGCUUUACUGACUCCUCUAAAUGUGAAUUGCCAUGCAAGUGAUGGACGAAAGUCUACUCCGUUACACCUGGCAGCAGGCUACAACAGAGUUCGGAUAGUUCAGCUGCUUCUACAGCAUGGUGCUGAUGUCCACGCGAAAGACAAAGGUGGACUUGUACCUCUUCAUAAUGCAUGCUCAUACGGACACUAUGAGGUCACAGAACUGCUGCUAAAGCAUGGAGCUUGUGUCAACGCUAUGGAUCUGUGGCAGUUCACACCGCUGCAUGAAGCUGCUUCAAAGAACCGGGUAGAAGUCUGUUCUCUGUUACUUAGUCACGGUGCCGAUCCAACCUUGGUCAAUUGCCAUGGCAAAAGUGCUGUCGACAUGGCUCCAACUCCUGAGCUCCGGGAAAGACUGACAUAUGAAUUUAAAGGCCAUUCUUUACUCCAAGCCGCCAGAGAAGCAGACCUGGCCAAAGUUAAAAAAACGCUUGCUUUGGAAAUCAUUAACUUCAAGCAGCCACAGUCUCAUGAAACUGCAUUGCACUGUGCUGUGGCCUCCUUGCAUCCCAAACGAAAGCAGGUGGCAGAGCUGUUACUGAGGAAGGGAGCCAACGUCAACGAAAAGAACAAGGAUUUCAUGACCCCUCUGCAUGUUGCAGCUGAAAGAGCUCAUAAUGAUGUCAUGGAAGUUCUGCAUAAGCACGGAGCAAAGAUGAAUGCACUGGAUAGUCUUGGUCAGACUGCUUUGCACAGAGCUGCCUUAGCGGGCCACCUGCAGACCUGCCGCCUCCUGCUGAGUUAUGGCUCUGAUCCUUCCAUCAUCUCCCUGCAAGGCUUCACGGCAGCGCAGAUGGGGAAUGAAGCAGUGCAACAGAUUCUGAGCGAGAGUACUCCUAUGCGCACUUCGGACGUGGACUAUCGUCUCUUAGAGGCAUCGAAAGCUGGUGACUUGGAAACUGUGAAGCAACUCUGCAGCCCGCAGAAUGUGAACUGCAGAGACCUGGAGGGCCGGCACUCUACACCCUUACACUUCGCUGCAGGCUAUAACCGUGUGUCUGUCGUUGAGUACCUUCUACAUCAUGGAGCUGAUGUCCAUGCCAAAGACAAAGGUGGCUUGGUUCCCCUUCACAAUGCCUGCUCCUAUGGACACUAUGAGGUCGCCGAGCUCUUGGUGAGGCACGGGGCUUCAGUCAAUGUGGCCGACCUGUGGAAAUUCACCCCUCUCCAUGAAGCGGCAGCCAAGGGAAAAUACGAAAUCUGCAAACUCCUUCUAAAACAUGGAGCAGAUCCAACUAAGAAGAACAGAGAUGGAAAUACACCCCUAGAUCUGGUCAAAGAAGGAGACACGGAUAUUCAGGACCUGCUGAGGGGCGAUGCUGCCCUGUUGGAUGCUGCCAAGAAGGGCUGCCUAGCCAGAGUGCAGAAGCUUUGUACUCCAGAGAAUAUCAACUGCCGAGACACCCAGGGCAGAAAUUCAACCCCUCUCCACCUGGCAGCAGGCUACAAUAACCUGGAAGUAGCUGAGUACCUUCUAGAGCACGGGGCUGAUGUCAAUGCCCAGGACAAAGGAGGGCUAAUCCCACUUCACAACGCUGCGUCUUAUGGGCAUGUUGACAUAGCAGCGUUACUGAUAAAAUACAACACGUGUGUAAACGCAACGGAUAAGUGGGCCUUUACUCCCCUUCACGAAGCUGCCCAGAAAGGAAGGACGCAGUUAUGUGCCCUGCUCCUAGCACAUGGCGCAGACCCAACCAUGAAGAACCAGGAAGGUCAGACACCUUUAGAUCUGGCGACGGCUGAUGACAUCCGGGCUCUGCUGAUAGAUGCCAUGCCCCCUGAGGCCUUACCUACCUGUUUUAAACCUCAGGCAACUGUAGUUAGUGCCUCUCUGAUCUCACCAGCGUCCACCCCCUCCUGCCUCUCUGCUGCCAGCAGCAUAGAUAACCUCACUGGCCCGUUAACGGAUCUGGCUGUAGGAGGGGCCUCCAAUGCAGGGGAUGGCGCUGCGGGUGCAGAAAGGAAGGAAGGAGAAGUUGCGGGUCUUGACAUGAACAUCAGCCAGUUCCUUAAGAGCCUUGGCCUUGAGCACCUGAGGGACAUUUUUGAAACAGAGCAGAUUACGCUAGAUGUGUUGGCUGAUAUGGGUCAUGAAGAAUUGAAAGAAAUAGGCAUCAAUGCAUAUGGACACCGCCACAAGUUGAUCAAGGGUGUUGAAAGACUUUUAGGUGGACAACAAGGAACCAAUCCAUAUUUGACUUUUCACUGUGUGAAUCAGGGAACUAUUUUGCUAGAUCUUGCUCCAGAAGAUAAAGAAUAUCAAUCAGUAGAAGAAGAGAUGCAGAGCACUAUUCGAGAGCACAGAGACGGUGGGAACGCUGGCGGCAUCUUCAACAGAUACAACGUCAUUCGAAUUCAGAAAGUUGUGAAUAAGAAGCUGAGGGAGCGAUUCUGCCACAGACAAAAGGAGGUGUCUGAGGAGAACCACAACCAUCACAAUGAGCGCAUGCUGUUCCACGGUUCUCCUUUCAUUAAUGCAAUUAUUCAUAAAGGGUUUGAUGAGCGACAUGCGUACAUUGGAGGGAUGUUUGGAGCUGGAAUUUACUUUGCUGAAAACUCCUCAAAAAGCAAUCAGUAUGUUUAUGGAAUUGGAGGAGGAACAGGCUGUCCCACACACAAAGACAGAUCAUGUUAUAUAUGUCACAGACAAAUGCUUUUCUGUAGAGUGACCCUUGGAAAGUCCUUCCUGCAAUUCAGCACCAUGAAAAUGGCCCAUGCACCCCCAGGCCAUCACUCAGUCAUCGGUAGACCAAGUGUCAAUGGGCUGGCAUAUGCUGAAUAUGUCAUCUACAGAGGGGAACAGGCAUAUCCAGAAUAUCUCAUCACCUACCAGAUCAUGAAGCCAGAAGCCCCUUCACAGACCGCAACGGCAGCAGAGCAGAAGACCUAGUGACCACCCCUGGUAAAGGCCAGAGUGAUUCAAACCUGCAACUGGAGUACAGUGGAUUGCUUCCAACAAAAAAUCAAUAUUCUCUAAAUCCCAACAGCCAAGAAAUAAGCUGUCUUUUAUAAAGCAUUGCUAGAGUGACAGUGCAGAGUGGGUCCCAAGCACACUCACCUGCCCUGGUCCCUUUGAGGAAAUGGCUGCCGGGCGGUCUUGAACAUGUCUCAGGCCAUUUUCAUUGCAGUUACCCAUUUCUGAAGCAAGAUGCUUUGCUCGAGAUGUAGAGAUGGGAAAGAGAAUGUGCUGGCUCACACGUUCUUGGUUCAUACACUACAUUUUCUUGGUUAUGUUUGGCACAUGAAUAACAGACACAUGUGGUGUGCUCAUUUUUUAAUUUUGCCAAGCAUAUUUGUUGAUGCUUCUUGUUGUCGUUGUUACUUUGAAAAUGAGCCAGUCUUCCUGGAAUAUUUUGCACAGAGUCACACUGACUAAAAUCAUUAGCAAUGCAGCCGAGCAAGACACUGUUCCCAUGUCCCUGUUGUUUGAUUUUGUAUCUCUGCUUCUUGUGAACAUAAAGGAAAAUCAGCAAUAUUUAGUUUCCUUUUAUAAACUGCCCUAUCUUUCCAUCUUAAAAGGAAGGGCACAAACGUCUCUUUGACCUAAAGAGCCAGAGCCGGGUGGACCAUUUGCUCUCUGCUGUCCUCAGGGCUCUUGGGACCAUGCUGCAGAUGUCAAAAGUGUCAGGGAAAGGUUUAAUGGAGGUGGUUAGAAAUUUGCUUCCCUGGUGGAAUGGCUAGAGAGCCGGGAGGGAGGAGCCCAGGGCUCUGGCUGCAGCCAGCGAACCCAGGAUGUCUCAGCCAACGCUUCCCUCUCUGCACCUCCAGAAUUGUUUCCUGGCAUUAUCUGUAAUUCCAGAGUCAGGGUCCCAGCAUUCUCCUCUCCUCUCCUCUCCUCUCCUUGUAGAUUAGAAAGCCAGGAUUCAAGCCGUACUGAUAAAUAUGCACAAUUGCAAGGACGUUUUGUUUACUCCUGAUCUGGCCUUUAUUUUGAGUAGUAUUCAUCAAAUACUUUAGAAAGAUCCCUUCUCUCUGUUUUUGAACCAUUUCUUCAAAGUUCUUAAUAUAGUUAGACAAAGAAAACAGAAGUUGAAACCAAAGGCAGUUUGACCUAUUUUUUUAGACGCCACUGAUAGAGAAACAUUUCUUUGUGAAAGUGCUGCUUGUAAUGGCAUUCGCCAAGUGCACGCCACCGAGCAGAGCCACCCCACUUUGCAGAGCCACGCUUCCUUCUGUCCCCUGUGGACCUUAACUGAGUACUGAAUUAAAUGCAUUGCUCUGUAUAGGUUCUGCUCAGCUCUGAAGCAGAAGUCACAUAAACAGAGGGAAGCUAUGUGACACACUUAAUCAUUUCAAUUGGAAGGCUGAAAACAGUUCUUUUGACUUUUUUUUUAAUGCAAGCAUAUUAAAACUGUGACUGUCUUUGUUUCUCUGGUUCUUGAAAUACACAUUUCUCUCUUUAUUUAUUAAAUUUUUGUUAGCUUGAGCCCAGUGCUAGGACUAGGCAUCCAGUCUAGUGUGAAUGAAUAUUAUAGUUAUAUCUUGAAUGAGUUCCUCAAAAUGAAGUCAAGAAUUAGCCUCAGUUUUCACUUUUGUUGAAGUUUCAAUGGCCUGAGCUGGGUGCUUGUGGAUUUGGCUGCGUGUUUAAUAGCAACUCGACUACCAUACAGAGCUUCAGAAUGGGAUGUUGGCUCGAGAGCUCUUCCCCUUCCCUCUCUUUUCCUUUCUGUUAACAAAGGGUUGAAGAAAUGGGCAUCUGUAUAGUUUUAGUAGCUAUAAUAUUUGGCCCAACUGAAAUUAGUUUAACAUGCUAAACACGGCUGUGAUUUUAAUUUAGUAACGAGCUACUGUGGUAUAGUAAAACAAACUGAACCGUGAACCUCCAUCCCACAGCUGGAUUAACCUGGCCCUUACCUUGAGGAGUCUACCUUGGUUCCCUCAACCACCAGGGCUGUGGCUCAUGUUCUGAGCUGAGUAGAGACAAUGUGUAAGGAAGCCUGCUGUAGUGCUAGUGGUCUCGUGGUGACCCACCUAUGACAAAAUGCACAUGAACGAGCUGUUUAAAAAGAACAAGUCCUGGAAAAAAAAUUAAAAAUAAAUGGUCCAUAGAGCUAAUAGAUAUUUUCAGAACUUGAAAACCAAAGGUAUCAGGAGUGUAUUCAAGUUGGCAAAAAGGUGGUUGCUUAGGAUUUCCUUGUACAGCAGCAUAGACUGUAGAAGAGCCCUCUGGACUAGACAAGCCUGGCAUUCGGCUGACAGCUGUUUACCUUCUUGUAUGUGCAUUAUGUAGAACUCCUGGCAGGUGUGGAACCAACUCCUGCUUCCCAACAGAGCUGCAGAGAGAAGGCAGGUGGCUCCAAGCUCUUCUUCAAGGCCUUUCCCAGAGACCCCACAGUGCCACUUUAC